GUUGACGGUUGUGUUCAUAGACUAUGGCAGGGAGCGAAGACGGCACGUAUUACAUCGAACUUAGCCCCAAUCCGAUACGAUUUGAUCCUGUCAGCAAGCUUACCAACGUAUUUUUCGAUGAUGCGAAUAAACAAGUGUUUGCAGUGCGAUCAGGUGGAGCUACAGGUGUUGUCGUUAAAGGUCCAGAUGAGAAAUCGACAAUCACUUUUAGAAUGGAAGACCGGGGUGAGUUGAGCUCUAUAAAGUUCUCCUAUGACAUGAAGAUAUUGGCCAUACAAAGAUCACCAAAAUCUGUGGAGUUCAUAAAUUUCGCAGAAGAUUCUACCCCGGACUUGAGAGAAUACUCACAGACUUGUAAGGGAAAGUCAACUUCAAUUAUUGGAUUCAACUGGACAAACAUCAAUGAGAUUGUCUUCAUAACGAAUCAGGGUCUUGAAUUUUACCAGGUGUAUCCAGAAAAGAAGUCUCUGAAAUGCCUGAAGACAUUUGGCACAAGUGUAAACUGGUUUGAUUGGCUGCCUCAGAGUGCAGUUCUCCUGCUCUCCACGGGAUCUCUUGGAAAUGUCCUCCAGCCUUUCCACUUCAGGCCAGGCACAGUGCUGAAGCUGCCCAAAUUUGAGGUGGAUCUACCUGUGGUUCCCAAACCUGCCAAACUGUGUCUGCUUGAGAGAGAUGUCAGCAUGGCCAACAUUAUGGCAGGGAGCGAAGACGGCACGUACUACAUCGAGCUUAGCCCCAAUCCGAUACGAUUUGACCCUGUCAGCAAGCUUACCAACGUAUUUUUCGAUGAUGCGAAUAAACAAGUGUUUGCAGUGCGAUCAGGUGGAGCUACAGGUGUUGUCGUUAAAGGUCCAGAUGAGAAAUCGACAAUCACUUUUAGAAUGGAAGACCGGGGUGAGUUGAGCUCUAUAAAGUUCUCCUAUGACAUGAAGAUAUUGGCCAUACAAAGAUCACCAAAAUCUGUGGAGUUCAUAAAUUUCGCAGAAGAUUCUACCCCGGACUUGAGAGAAUACUCACAGACUUGUAAGGGAAAGUCAACUUCAAUUAUUGGAUUCAACUGGACAAACAUCAAUGAGAUUGUCUUCAUAACGAAUCAGGGUCUUGAAUUUUACCAGGUGUAUCCAGAAAAGAAGUCGCUGAAAUGCCUGAAGACGUUUGGCACAAGUGUAAACUGGUUUGAUUGGCUGCCUCAGAGUGCAGUUCUCCUGCUCUCCACGGGAUCUCUUGGAAAUGUCCUCCAGCCUUUCCACUUCAGGCCAGGCACAGUGCUGAAGCUGCCCAAAUUUGAGGUGGAUCUACCUGUGGUUCCCAAACCUGCCAAACUGUGUCUGCUUGAAAGAGAUGUCAGCAUGGCCAACAUUUAUGGCCACUUAUACAUCAUUGUUCUCCGUCAUCAACCAAAAGGGGGCAGCACUGGUGCAGAAAUUGUGCUGUAUCAGCUUCAGAAGGAAAGUCCAGCAAGGAAGACUGACAUCCUGCGGUUGGGAAUGAGUGGCCGGUUUGCCACAAAUGUGGUGGAUAACCUGGUUGUGGUUCAUCAUCAAGCAUCUAAGACAUCUAUGGUAUUUGAUAUCAAGCUGGAAGGAGAGAAUGAUGGCUAUAUCACCCAUCACCACCCAGUGUUGUCUCCCUUGCCCAUCAAACCUUGCAAAUUACUGCUUCCUGGAUUAAACAUCCCCUCAGGGCCCGAGAAGACAGAAUAUACCUGUGAACUGUAUUCUCCAAAUUGGAUUGUCUUCCAGCCGAACAUAGUGAUUGAUGCCAAAUUAGGUUGUCUGUGGUAUGUACAGCUGAAACUGAACCCUCUGGUGAUCAUGAUUCCUGACAAGUGUAAGCUGAUGGAGUUCCUCUUACUACGGCAGGACAGUAAGAGUGUGAUCCUGUCUGUCUGCCGCCAGAUGCUUGUACCUGGCCAGCAGGGAUCACUUACGAACAUUUCACAGAUUUACGAUAUGUUGAACCGUGUCUACAAAGACUGUCUGGAAAGCGAGAUGAUGAUGCUGGCUAAUGAGGCUCCAAAUGCCCGUCCAGAUAGUUACCGUAGAAACCAAGUGAUUAUUGACCAAUCAGAUAUGUACACGCAUGUCUUCUCUGUGUUUGAAGACAAUAAGGGUAUCCAGUACAAGUUCAUGGUGGCAGUGCUUAUUGAGUACAUUCGUUCACUUAAUCACUUUGUCAUCCCAGUGCAGCAUUACCUGUAUGAGUUGAUCAUAAACACACUGGUUCAUCAUAACUGUUUCUACCAGCUUCACCAGUUCCUACAGUACCACGUACUCAGCGACUCCAAACCCCUGGCAUGUCUGAUGCUAUCACUAGAGAGUGUGUACCCUCCUGCUCAUCAGCUGGCACUGGAUAUGCUCAAGAGGUUGUCCACAGCUAAUGAGGAGAUCAUAGAAGUGUUGCUAUCUAAACAACAACUGCUCCCUGCUCUCAGGUUUAUUCGAAUGAUUGGUGCCAUGGAUACAGUGUCAUCAAGGAAGUUUCUGGAUGCUGCCAUGGCAACUGAGGACAACAUGCUGUUCUAUACUGUGUUUAAAUUCUUCGAGCAGAGAAAUUAUCGUCUCAGAGGAAAUCCCAGAUUUCCAUCGGGUGAACAUUGUGAUCAGUACAUCAAGCACUUUGAGUCCAUCUUUGGCACGGACGCCUUAUCACCAGUCUUAACACCAAGCUGAUCUGGUCAACACUGUCACUAUGUCAGACUCAUCAAGAUAUGCUUUAUGAUCAUUGCAAUAUUUUCUUCUACAAAAUAUUCCCAUUCAAAGCAGUAAUACAUUAUCAUCACUUCCACCCCAUCGCACCCC